GCGUACCUUUGAACUUUCUGUCGGGUGGCUGCGCCCUGUUCACCUGGGUACCCCCUCCUUUCCAAGUAGGUGCGUGUGAGGGGACAGAUUGCCAACGUUAGUUUAGUUUGUUUUACGGAAGCGUUGCUGUACACACUGUAUUUACAUGCGUUUGUGAGUGUUCGUGGGAUUCUGCGUUAAAGUUCAUGCCUUAUAACUCCUAGACGUUGAAUCCUUGAAGUGAGAGGGAUGCCUCGAGAUGUGGAACAUGUCUUGAGAAGCAGCGCUGGAAGGGAAGGUUUUGCUUCCUAGGAAGGGAGACGGAGGACAGGCCGGGUCCCUCCCGCAUGGCUGUGUUGGGGCAGCGGCUCUUCGCCGGUUCUGCCGGGCUUCACCUCCUGGGAGCUGCAGGCGCAGCAGGAGGCCGGUCGCUGCUGAAGCAAAACCUCUUCCACAGCUUCUGUCAAACGUUUGAUGAAAGAGGCUGCAGAACUGAAGGAUCCUACAGAUCAUUAUCAUGCACAGCCUUUGGAGUAAGAACAGCUUUACUAGCCAUUAUUGGAUUUAUGCCAACCAAAGGUGAAGGAGCAAUAGGAUCUCUAGAUUACACACCAGAAGAGAGAAGAGCUCUUGCAAAAAAGUCACAAGACUUCUGUUGUGAAAUGUGCGGCACAUCUAUGAAGACAGCCCUCUUACCACUAACAUCCGGAAGCGGGUCAAGCCAGGCAGACAAGGAAGCUAAAGAACUUGCCAGACAAAUUAGCUUCAAGGCAGAAGUCAAUACAUCCAGGAAGUCAGAUUCUGGACCCUCAAACCUGUCAGGAUUGAACCACUCUGCUGCUUCACGUGAGCCCCAGCAGGAUGGUGCAGCUAGAGCAUUCCAGGAUCCAACAAGUGCAACGUCUGAAACUCAGAAUAGCAGUGCAGUGGCCAGUCAAGAGCAUGCUCCACCCGUGUCCACUAACACGUCUAUGAGUCCUCGGCAGCGCCGUGCCCAGCAGCAGAGUCAGAGACGGGCUCCAUCUUCAACUGAAUUUAAUCGGGUACAACAACCAAGAGUCAACACGAACCACACUGGAUCAACUGUUUUGAUUGUCCUUCUGACUUUUGCAUUGGCAGUUCUUAUAUUUCGUAGAAUAUAUUUGGCUAAUGAGUAUAUAUUUGAGUUAUAAGGUUGGUUGUCGUAACAGCAGUGACUUGAAUGCUUCCUUGAACAUUCUGUAUUGGGUAUGACAUGAGAACUGUUUACAAAGGUUACUUUUUUUGUAUUUACGCUUAAAUCCUUAUGAAUGUUAAUGUAUCUACAGUUGCAUUACUUGUAAGAAAAGCAAAGUUGGACAUUUAACUACAAGUAUUAAUUGGUGGUGCACUAGAAACUUGGAGAAACAGUGCAGUGGAGUAGUAACAUUAAGGCGUGUGGGAGCGGAGUCAGUGUGAGUAAUCUAUCAACUAGAUAAAGACAAUUUAAAAAAAGUGGUUGAUUCACUUUUUUAUGGAACAUAAAUGCAGUUAAUUGCCCUGUCUAUGUUAGUACAAGAUUUGACGUUGGAGAAGGGAUUAUAAAAUGAAACACUACUAUGUGUUUGUGUCCAGUGAACUCUUAAUUUAGAGGGAAUACAUUUUGUAACCACUUUUAUUUGCCAUGACACAUUUCUAGAGGGGGAACAUAUAUAAAUUGGUUGUGAUGCUGCUUUGUGUGUGUGAAAGUGGGAAAGGAGCAGGGGAAGAAAGAAGGGGCCAGAAAACUACUUGCAUUAUUUUGAUUUUUAGUUUUUGGAAGAAAGAUUGGAUAAUCUUCUGCAAGAUUUGAAUGUCCUCUUCUAAUACUCUAAUUGUAUAUCUUGGGUUUUUUUAAAUUUGAAGAUUAUAUAAAACAUGUCUAUUCUUGCAAUAAUUAUAAAUAUGUAAUAUAAUUAUUUACCCAGAGCUAUUGUCUUUUAAUUAUACCAGAAAUAUACAUAAUGUGUUGAAUUGAAAGUUUCAUAUGUGGUUUUAUUUACUAAAGAAAAUUUAAACCUUAUUAUACUUAAACUGUCAUAUAUAUAAACAUGCUUAAGAGAAAUAUUUAUUAAAACCCUAGUAGUAAUAAACAGUUUCAAACCAGUCUUUGGUUAUGUUUCAAGUAUCACAUGGCCUUUUUGGGUUUUUGUUUGUGGUUUGGGUUUUUUUUUGUUUCCAUGGGUUUUUUAAACCUAGAAUCAAUAUUGGACUCAGAGGUUUUCUGUAUUAUUCGUUUAUUCAAAAAAUAACUGGUUAUAGUCAUGAAUGCUGUGAAGUCACAUAUACAAGCAAUAGCCCUACAGGUGUUAAGGUUUUGAGAGUUUUUUUAUGUGAAUGUUUAAGUAUUACAGUGAAGUAGAAGAAAGCAGUCAGUGGGAUAAUUUUCCUCUUGUAUUAUUGUUCAGAUUUAAAUGUAUUCUAGCAUAUUUAUUUCAAAGACAAUGAGAUAUAGCUAACUUUCAUUUUGUUGCUGUCAAACAUGAUAGCACUAACUUAAGUGAGCCAUCCUGUUUCUCAGCAAGUAUUUAUCAAGCUACAUACAGUGUUCCUAAAUUUUGUUAAAUGUAUUAGAUAUUAGUGUUUUAAAACAUUAAAGUAGCUACAACAACUUAGAAAUUAAGGAAAGCCCUUUGUGUGUCUAAGGGGAAUGUGGAAAUUACAAACAACAAAACCUGAGUCCAUUUUUAGCACUUCUUGUGGAUUGCUGAUAAUCUUGUUUGCAGGUACUAUGGAACAAAGAUCAAAAACCACUUUUCUUAAGAAGUUCGGACAAAAGCAUACAGUUUGUUCAGCAGGUUCAGCAGUUGCUUACAUAUUCUGCUGCAGAACUAUUUGAUGUCAGUAUAUUAAUUGAUAUGUUUUACCUAAUUUGCAUAUUCAUUUCAUUAUAAUUUUUUAAAAAAAACUACACCUGAAAAAACGCCACACCAACCCCCC